AUGUCCCCCGUCACACCGGGGGAUAUGCUACAAUCAGUCCUAUCAAGUGUACCAGUGACUUCGACUGUCACUGCACCCAAGCAAACAGACCCACCAACCGCCGCCCUUCCUUCUCCCGUCCCAAGUGCAGAUUCUCAUUUAAGUCCAGUUAUUAGCAAUCUGUCAGCCGUUGCUAGUCCCGCCAUUACCAGUCCCGCCAUUCCUGCCAUUCCUCAACUCCAUACGCAAAUCCCCACCCCGACUUCCGUAACAAAUGAAACUGCUUCUCCCCUGCCAUCUGGGAUGAGCAGAGUCCCACAAGACUCUGCAGGGACCACGAGCGCAUGUUCAACCACGCCGGGAAGGACAGAAGUGCCGCCCCGGCCCAUGCAAGGAGCCAAUGGGACCCAGUUGGCUGCUUCGGACGAUCUCGUGCCAGAUAGAUACAUGUGGAAGAAAUGGAUGGCAUGGGUAGAUCAAGUGAAAACCCAUGCGGCUGCUGCGCCCUCAAUUAUCGCCAUCCCUCGAGUACAACUACUCUAUGACGCCUGCGUGUCUCAAGACCUUUUUUAUCUGGCCCUACACCAGGUGUUCUGCCGGAUAUCUGUAGGAGGCAAAGUAUUCUUGGAUCUGCCCGAACUAAACUCGGAAGGAUGUCGCCGGGGACUGAAUCGCGUCGCUGAACUGUUACAAAGCAAUGCAAAUCUCCCAAAGGAGAUGGUUGUCGCCUUUGCUCAGUUCCCGGUCAUGCCGGAUGAUGUGAAGGAACAUGGCUGGUAUCAACUCGUGCUCCUCCAAGUCGUCGCUUUCCUCCCACUUCUGGCAACCCGCUUCCCGAGCCAAAAUUGCCCGUUUUACUCUACAGUGUCUUCUCGACGCUUCAUGCCGCUGGUGCACGAGAUGAAGACGGAAUUUGAACUCAACUCCCCGGUUUUCAUGAGUGUGAUUUAUGCCUCCAUGGCUCGCCAACUAUAUGAUACGUGGAAUCUUGAGGCGUUGAAUACCUUAUUCCGGAGGAACCUGAUGAUUUCGGACAAGGAAUCUCUUCAUAAGUUAAUUGAUGAAUACCGAAGUAUCCCUAUGAAAGCACCGAACUCGCAGCAAACGCCAUUGCCCAGUCCCCACGCUCUGGCCCUCUCUCAGGUCCAAUCUCGACCGAAAGUCACUCGGGCCAACACCCAACCCUCUGAGAGCCCGAUGAUAGCUCGUGUAGUCAAUCAAGAUGGUACAGUGGCAUCUAAUGGAUUGCAAUCAUCAAACGGUCCAGCCAGGCAAUCCUCUGUUAGCCAACCUCCCGCUCAGCAGCUCGCCCAAGAUCUCGCCAGGCAGCCUCCGCCGAUGAUAACCGCCCCAACUUAUCAAAUUCCCUAUAUUUAUCCCUCGGAGAUGCUGCAGAGGCAGCAGAUGCCACAGAUGCAGAGGCAGCAACCGCAGCAUCCGCAGCCACCACAGCCACCACAGCAACCACAGAAACCUCCGCAUCCGCAGCAAUCACAGCAUAGUCAUAUGAUGGCCCACCAGGGGAUGGCAAUGGCACCACAGCAAAUGCAAGCCUGGCCAAUAAGCAAUCACGCACAAAUGUCACCGAUGCCUGGUCAUGUUCCUGGGAACCCUUGGAACCCUCCCAACUUUCAGGAAUUUUCUGGAUCCUGCGUACCUCCAUCGGCGUACUCAGUCUCCACCCCGCUCAAUUCGGCUCAGAAUGGUGCUCGACCAGUCGUGUCAUCUCCAUCAACGUACACAUAUCCAUCGGCGUACACAUCUCCCUCCCCGCUCAACCCGACUCGGCAAAAUGGUAUCCAAUCAGUCGCUUCUGGUGAUCAACGCCGAGGGAUCCAAGGGCCAUCGCAAAAUUGUAACCAAGGGACAAUACAAACCUAUCAGACUUAUUUGAGAAACCAACCGAUUGGUUCCCCGCGCCAAGCUCCCGCGCCAAGUCAAUCCAAUGUUCCUCUUGUCUCGUCUGCCAGCGCUCUGUUGCCAGACCAUGGUUAUCGAAUUCCACAAACCUCUCAUCCAAAUCCUAUGCGCACAGGGCUACACCAGGCCGAUCUGCGUGACCCGGUCAAAAAAUGUGUCAAGAAAGGGCCAGGGGGCGAAAUGCGCGAGGCCGAACUGUAUCACUAUGUUAGCGAUUUCGCGCUGGAGCCUACUCUUACCGACCCCAACGGUUACAAUUAUGUUUGGGUUUUCCCUAUGUCUGCCGAAGACAUAACCAGGCGUCCUCGGUUAGAAUCGCCUAUCCAGGAGGGACAUCGUCCCAUUAUAACAUAUCAAUCCGGCUGCCGCACCCUGCGCUUGCGGUGUGUCGCACUUCCAGCUUCGGCAGCUGAAAACGCAAAGACCCUGUGGCACACUGCGCCAACAAGCUGGCCCAGCGUGUUUUAUAUCCAUCUCAACGGAAGGGAGCUGACUCCGCGCCGCAAGGCUCACAAUGGGAAGGAUCUGCCGUUAGACAUUACUUCGGAUGUUCACCAGGGCGAUAAUAAGCUACAGAUUGACUUGCUUCUGGGGCCAGACGAAUGCAAAGAUAUACGGUAUUACUUCGGGGUUGAAGCAAUGGAUGUCUCUCGAUUUGACUUGGUACGCAGCCUCGUAAAGGCCAUCCCUGCGGAGCUUGUGCGUCAAAAAAUCAGCAAGCGUCUGAGCCCGUCCGCUGAAGAUGACGAUGUAGCUGUCGUUUCCAAUAACCUGACUGUCAGUCUGAUCGAUCCUUUUACUGCACAAGUCUUCCGCACGCCCGCCCGCUCCAGUCUCUGUGAACACCAAGAGUGUUUUGAUCUUGAAACUUUCAUCAAGACACGAAAGUCUGUCAGCGGUCUGACCGCGAUGAACGAUAACUGGAGAUGUCCUAUCUGUAAUUCUGAUGCUCGUCCACAGCUCCUGGUACUAGAUCGAUUCCUCGAGGACGUUCGCGCCCAGCUUAUUCAAACGAACAAACUGGAAGGUGCCCAGGCCAUCACAAUCCAGUCUGAUGGCUCAUGGACUGUGAAAGCCACUGGAGAUGAAGCUACCCCUUCUCCACAGAAAACGAAGCGUUCUGUCCUCGCUAAGCGCAAAGCAGAGGAUCCGGCACUGUCAGGGAAUGUGACUUCACGCCUAAAAUAUGAAAAUCCCUCUUCCCCUGAAAUUCCCAAAAACCAGGAGCGGGUCGUCAUCGAAAUUGAUUAA